AUGUCUGGACGUGGAAAGGGUGGAAAAGCCAAGACCGGAGGCAAAGCCAAGUCGCGCUCCUCUCGCGCCGGACUCCAGUUCCCCGUGGGUCGUCUGCACCGUAUCCUCCGCAAGGGCAACUACGCUCAGCGUGUCGGAGCCGGAGCUCCCGUCUACCUCGCCGCCGUCUUGGAGUACCUCGCCGCCGAAGUCCUCGAGUUGGCCGGAAACGCCGCUCGUGACAACAAGAAGUCGAGAAUCAACCCUCGCCAUCUUCAGUUGGCCGUCAGAAACGACGAGGAGCUGAACAAGUUGUUGGCCGGAGUCACCAUCGCUCAAGGUGGUGUCCUCCCCAACAUCAACGCCGUCCUUCUGCCCAAGAAGACCGCCGACAGCCAGGCCUAA